AUGGCGGCUCUACCCAAUCUGGAAGACUGGAUCGUGAGCUCUAAUGAUGCUUUGAACAUUAGCCUCGUCGCUCCGACAAAGUCUGGUCUUCAAUCGAUUUCGACCUUCAACCCGAGAUUCACAUACCCCAUCUUCGGCGAAGAGGAAAAGAUCUUCGGAUACAAGGGCCUCAAGAUCAACCUGCGGUAUCGUGCUAAUGACAUGAGGCCACAUCUCAAAGUAUCGCAUACCAAGGUAUUCAAGCCUCAGGGCGAUGCUGAGCCAGAUGAUAUCGUCGGCAUCCUCCAAGAAGGCAACCAUCUGCCAAAAGUCGCUUUUGUAAAGGAAUCGGACUUUGAGAAUGGCUCUAAGCAGCUUUCCAACGACUGGACCCCUCCAGGCACCUUGCAUGAUACUUUCGAUGGGCCUGACGGAAAGUACGAGAUCUGGAAGGGAAGCCUCGUGGACCCGGCAGUGAAACAACUCAACACCCGGGUUCAGAUUCUGAUUCCCCUCUUCAUCGAAGGAGGAUCUUACAUUGGCCAGAAGCCCGAUUCCGAUUCUACAGAGCUUGAUCUUUCGGAUGCGGAUCGAUGGACACUCUUUUUCUUGUACAGAAAAGACGAGUCUGAGUCGGACCCCAGCAAGAGCUCCUAUGUCUUCGUUGGAUAUUCCACUAUCUAUCGUUUCUACUGGUUCCAUCCAACACCCCCGGCAUCGCCGAGUGACAAAUGGGAAUUACCUGCUGGAGAUCUCGACUUGAGCCAGCUGCCAUGCCGAACACGACUAUCUCAAUUUUUGAUCUUGCCGCCGUUCCAAGGCAAAGGGUGUGGCGCACGCCUUUACAAGUCCAUCUUCCAGCAUUACCAUAAGCAUGCACAGACCAAGGAAUUUACUGUGGAGGACCCCAACGAGGCAUUUGACGAUUUGCGUGAUGUGUGUGAUAUGGAGUAUUUGCGAACUCUGCCGGAGUUCAAUAGCCUCCGUAUCAAUACUGAUAUUGCCAUUCCCAAAUCCGCUACUAUUCCUUCGCUUAUUGUGGGAGGAGACAAGGCUGAGGAGAUCCAGCGCAACGCCAAGAUUGCACCUAGGCAGUUCAAUAGGGUGUUGGAGAUGCAUCUCAUGUCACAGCUGCCUGAAUCUGUGAGACCUUCCAUGGAUCUGGAUAAGGAUGUCCCAGUUCCAACGGCCAAGGACAAGCACCAGCAAAAGAUCUGGCAACUGAUAGCCAAGCAGCGUCUGUAUCGCCAUAACCGUGAUGCGCUGUCCCAGCUGGAGCCUGAAGAGAGAAUUGAGAAGCUUGACGAGGUCCUGGGCGGAGUCGAACUGGCAAAUUCGAGAAUCCUGGCCCUGUAUGAGCGGGCAAGCAAGCAAUCCAAGGCAGCAAGCGCUAAGCGCAAGCCUGAGGAGGAUGGGAACGAGGCACCAAGCAAGAAGGCAAAGAACUGA